CGCACGUGUUGUCUGUCGUCGUCGUCGUCAUCAUUACCUACCUGUUGGUAAGGCGAGAAGCCGAAAAAAAUUAAAUCACUCGUAAGAACCGCGAACGUGUCGUUGAAGUUUAUUUUAUUUUAUACUACGGUGAAGAAAACCGACUGUUCGUAAUAUCGUGUGUUGUAGACAGCGUGUUAUAUUCAGCGAAACCAUAUAAAAGUUCACUGUUCGCGCGCUCAAUUGCAUUUCAUCCACGUCUUUGUACUUUAUUUAUGGACCAAAUGGUUCAAGGAGGAAUUGAUCCAUAUGCAUCACUCGCGGCAGCGUCUGGUGCAUUCCCUAUGCAACAACCUGGACAAAUGGCUGCGAUGACGCUUAAAAUGGCCAAUCCCCAGCAACCAACACUAAUGCCAGCCACGGUGGCUACACCUCAAAAUACAGCUCCACUUCCACCACAGGUGACUGUAGAAAGUGAACCACCAUUGCCACCUAUUGCAUACUCACCCCCGACUGGGCUUAAUAUGGCCAUGGCAUCAUCACAACAGCAGCAGCAUCAACAGCAUCAACAGCAUCAACAGCAUCAGCAACUUCAGCAGCAACAACAGCAACAGCAGCAGCAACAACAACAACAGCAGCAGCAGCAGCAGCAGCAGCAACAACAACAACAACAACAACAACAACAACAACAACAGCAGCAGCAGCAACAAUCUGUUGGAUUAAUCAAGUCUGAACAACAACAAAUCACAGUCACAACAGCAUCACAACCGUUGGAAUGUACUAAUGCCACAAAUUCGUUGACUACACCGGUGUCAGUAUCUGUAGCCUCACCAACGAACAUUACCAAUGUUGGCGCUGGGUCCCCUUGUUCAUCUAGCGAAGACAAAAAUAUCCAAUCAAAGAGACUUCAUGUAUCAAAUAUACCCUUUAGAUUUAGAGAGCCUGACUUGCGUGCCAUGUUUGGGCAAUUUGGACCAAUUCUAGAUGUUGAAAUUAUAUUUAAUGAGCGUGGAUCAAAGGGAUUCGGUUUUGUAACGUUUGGGAAUAGCGCUGACGCUGAUGAGGCUCGCGAACAUCUUCACGGAACAGUUGUUGAAGGCAGAAAAAUAGAGGUGAACAAUGCCACAGCUAGAGUGCAGACUAAAAAAGUAGCUGCUCCUUUGCAAUUACCAAAUGUAUUACUCUCUAGAAACGGAGUAUUGCCGAACCUUGUUUGUGUUCAGUGGCCUGAGGCCGCUGCAGCAGCACUCAGAGGAGCAGCCAUACAACGCGGCAGGGCUGUGGCGGCCGCGAACGCCGUCAGAAAUGCGGCCGCAAUGGCUGCCGUGGCCGCUGCGUCCAAUGGUGGAUUUCCAUCGGUUGGCGCUCCAGGAUUCAACACCGCCAGACUACCAGCAACCAGCAUUGCCGUCACACCCAAUCCGUUACAAGCCAUCAACACGGCUCCCGGUACUUACGCCCCUAAAAUGUGUUUCAGUGGAGUGUACUAUGAUCCAUUCCUGGCAGCUCAAGCUGCAGACAAUAACUACAGAUUACAGGCAGGAGCAGUCAAUGAGGUAGCUGCCGCAGCAGCAGCCGCGUCGCCCCUACUUAAGGCCGCAGCCGCAGCCCAAGGGACUCCAGCCUUGUCGUCCGCCGCAGCGGUGGCUCAAGCGCAACAGGCAUCCUACGUUGCCGCCGCCACGUACACGGCCGCAGCGGCUAGAGCGUACAACGCGGCGGCUGCAGCCGCCAACAACCAGAUGGCCAAUCCGGCGGCCGCCGCCGCUGCUACGUACACGGCGUUGCCAGCUGGAUAUACUGGGCGUGAAUACACCGCAGAAUCAUACUUAGCUAGUCACGGUAUCGGUCCAGUCACUGGAUACGGGCCAAUGUACCGAAGUGGCUACAACCGAUUCACCCCGUACUGAUUAUAAUAUUUAAUAUAAUAAUAUUAUCCUAAUAUUAUAUACAUUACGAUUAAUUAUAAUUUUUACUUAUGCACAUAUGUGUAAGAUGGCAGCCAUAUAAAAUAAUAUAUGUAUAUAUAUAUAUAUAUAUUAUACUAUUAUAUCCAUUGAAAUCCAUUUAUAUAUAUAUACAUAUAUAUGAUAACGCGGUGACGAGAUGAAUUUAGAUAAUUUUAACUUUCUCCCAUCUGAUACCUCUUCCCAUAACCAUAAGAGACUUGUUCAACGAUUUUUGUUAUAUUUUUUGAAAAAAUCAUUCAACAUCACAUAAAAAUGGUGUAUUAUUAUAAUAGUGCACUUACCAAUUAAUAACUGUAGUCGUCAGUAUUUUAUCUCUGUUACCGUCGUUGUCAAUAUUGUGUAAAAAAAAAUAAAAGCUGACUACCUAUCCCUUUACACUACCCUCCACUACGACCGCUUGACCUUUUUUUUAAAUAGUUUAAUUAUUAUAGGUAUUAAUGUAUAUUAACGAUUUAGGACUCUGAACCCUUUCCGAAUUUUGUACAUCCAUAAUUUUGUACGCCAUUUAUUUAUUUAUAAUAUUAUUUUAUUGUUAUUAUAUGAUUAUUAUUAUUCGUUUUCCAAUCCCUACUGACCAUCAUUUGCUCCCUCUCCACCCCGUUUCCAAAUAUUGUUGAAAUAUAUCGAUAAGUAGUAACUAUGAACAAAAUAUCAUGACAAAAAUAAAUACAAAAAACAAAAAAAUUACCUUAGAUUAGAAUGCUUACAUUUGUAUGAUAUACUAUAAUAUAUUUGUUAUUAUUAUUAUUAUUUGACAUAAAAUUGUUUGAAUCUCGUUUGAUGGACAUUCAUGAGUUGGUGGGGAAAAAAGAAUCUCGAUAGUAAUAAUUUUAUUUUUUAAAUAUAAUGAUGGAAUAAUAGCAAAAUCGAAAGGCGCUCGAAAAGGCGACGGACGGAUCAGUGUGGUUUCUCUUGAUAUUUUCAUUUCUUUCUUCUAAGAGUUAAAUUUUAUCGCCGCCAUUGCCUUUUGAUUAUGUUUGUUGCUAAAAUACCACCUUAGACCACGAUUAUUUUAGUGUGUGUGUGUAUGUGUAUGUAUAAUGUAUGUAUAUAUAUAUUUAUAUAUAUAUAUAUAUGUAUGUAUAUUAUUUUAAAUUAUAAGAAAAACGAUCUGAAUGUUCACCAACCAACAAAUAUAUAUUCUAUAUAUUAGAGCUCUCUCAAUUUGUUUGUUUGUUUGUAUGUUUUUUUUUUUUUUUUUAGUUCAUUUUAUUACUUAUAUAUAUAUUUUUUUUUUUUACGGAAGCUCCGAACAAGAAACAUCACAUUUAGAUUUUUUUUUUGUUUUAUAAUACAAUUAUUAUUAUCAUUAUUAUUAUGUAUUUAUUACUAUUACAUUUCUGUACAUUCGUGUCUAGUUAAUUUAUUUAUUCUGUUAGCGAGUACAAAAUGAGGAUGUAAUAUUUAUUUAUGUAUUAUUGAUAAUGAUAAUAAUAAUAGCGCACAAUAUAAUAUUAUGUACAUUUUUUUUUCUUAACAAAAGGACCGCACAAAUAUUAUCGUGUUACGAAACCAAAAAAAAAAAAUAAUUUAAACAAAAACAAUUGUGUACCAAUUAUCCAAUUGUUAAUAUAUUAUUAUAAAAUAUAUACUUUUAAUCCAAAUUUUGUUUAUCCCUCCCCUUGUUAUUAUUAUAAUUUGUAAUGAUAUUUUAUAAAAUGAACAAUUAUUAUAAUAUUUUAUGGUUCAAAUUUUGAAAA